CGUUUCGAUAUCUCAAAUCCGUCCAGAUAUAUCUUAAGUCUAUGAAUUCUUUCUAUUCAUCUUCUACCUUCGAAGCUAGUUCCUCAUUUCUUUGAUCUUCUGUUUCCUUUUGCACCUCCUGUAAACAGACCCGAGGUGCUCAUUGCCAUGCCCAAGACGACGAAAGCCGCAAAGGCUCAGCGGCCUCGAAAGACCAUCGAAUCUUAUGGUCGCGUUACAAAAGCGACUUCGGCACUCUCGACCUCAAAGAAGCGAAAGGCCAGCCCAGAGCCUCUGGAAUCCGCUCCUAGCACUUUACCCUCUAUCUCUACUCCGAGAAAGAGAUUUCGUACCCAUGGACUCAACACACCCGCCGAGACUCCAACGAAGGCACUCGGUCGCUCACUCGAAAUUUUGAACAUCAAGCCUACCGACUCGCCCAAACUCUCCUCAUUCUCCGCCAAACUCCAUGGUCUCCCAUCGCCAUCCGCCUCACAAGAUGCAACUCCCACUACCUCGCGCUCCGCUGCCGACACGAUUCCCCCAACCGAUGAGGCGAUUCCCCAGACAGUGCAGGACCUUAUUAGCCUAAAUGCAUCGUUCUUUACGGGCCUUUCUAUCCACUAUGCGCAUCAUGGUACCGGUACAACCGUCGAUGUGAAGGAGCUUACGCCGGCCAUUAGCCGGAUCUGGGGAAGGAGAAGGGUGAGACUAGACGAUCUACAACGAUGCUUGGGUGUACUCACUCUCAACGCAUCGGACCGGAUCCCGUUCGCGCUCGUCGACCACGGAAGGGGAAAGGUGUGCUUAGAGCUGCUCUCAAAUACCGCCAACAAUGUCACCGUUCGCCAGCCGGAUACGGAGGCCAUGAAGCAAGAAUUCGAGCAGCUCAUUGUCAAGGAAUGGUCCCAGAGCGACGAAAAUGCAGAUGACUUCGUGGCGUCCCUGCCGACGGUGCCGGUCAAGUCGAGCAAGUCGCUGGUGCGAAUCCAGCCGCUGCUCAUGCGCGGUCAGCAACGUUUAGAAGAUCUCAUGAAGGGGCGGUUGCCACCGUCAACGAUCCAAUCCACCACGCGGAAGCGCCGUCAUGGUGAUCGCGACGACUCCCCAGUCCCCGAACCGUCCGCAGAAUCUGAUGAGCAUCCCGUGAAGCGACUGAAAGAGGCGUCAACGGACGUUGGCCCUCCGAAACCUGUGCCAAACCAACGAAAGGAACGUCACCCGAACCACGAAACCCUGUCACUCCCCUCAUCCGCCUCCCGGCAAACCUCACUCCUCGACCGCAUCCGCGUCAAAGAAUCCGUCUCCGCCACCCAAGUUGUGCGCUCCCCCACCGAGCUAGCCCGCCACGCCGCGCUGUCCCGCGCCCCCGAGGUCCUCUCGAUCCUCGACCUCCUCCUCUGCUCCAAGGGUAUCAUUCUCUCGCCGACCGCGCCGGUGGCGCGCACGUCCUUUUCGCUGAACGCGGUCGUCAAGGCGGUGCAGGGGAGCGUUAAGAACCCGCUGGCGAGUAAGGACGUGGGAGAUGUGUUGAGGGUUCUUGAGGAGGUGACGGGGGGGUAUGUGAGGUUGGUGUCGUUUGGUGGUGUGCAUGCAGUCGUCGUUGCUGGGAGAAGGCCGAGGGAAGCGGAUAUUAGUUCUUGGGGAAUCGGUCAAUGAGCCGCAUGAUGUACUAUAUGAGGAGCAACAUUGUGCCUUAGAGUAGGGUACUACGGCUGAUACACCCUGUUUCUACCACGCUGUGUCAAGGAAUUUAUAGACAUGCAAAACGAAUGACG